AUGAGCCUACCAUCUUCUUGGUUUGCUGGCUUUCUGAAUAAAGUCGCUACUCCUUGUCCCAACAACUCGUCUUUCGAUCAUUGGCCUGUCAUGUUGCAAGCAGUACCAGCUACGUUAGACUCGGUGACAAAUUUUGGUGAAGCCAGCCAGGAGCCUUGCUGCUCGUGGCCAGCUGGCCCCGGUUGGGGGAUUUUCGGCUAUGAGCCCAUGGACCUUUCUGCCCUUGGAUGCCUCCGAGUCAGCAUCGUUGACGUCUCCCCCCCCUCCACCCCCAUCGUGUCUAAGUCAGAGUCUCCCAAAGAGCCCGAACAGCUGCGGAAGCUCUUUAUCGGAGGUUUGAGUUUGAGCUUUGAAACAACCGAUGAGAGUCUGAGGAGCCAUUCUGCAUGGGGAACGCUCACAGAUUGUGCGGUAAUGAGGGAUCCAAACACCAAGCGCUCCAGAGGCUUUGGGUUUGUCACAUAUGCCACCGUGGAGGAGGUGGAGGAGGCCAUGAAUGCAAGGCCACACAAGGUGGAUGGGAGAGUUGUGGAACCAAAGAGGGCCGUCUCAAGAGAAGAGUCUCAAAGACCUGGUGCCCGCUUCACUGUGAAAAAGAGUUUUGUUGGUGGUAUUAAAGAAGAUGCUGAAGAACAUCACCUAAGAUAUUAUUUUGAACAGUAUGGGAAAACUGAAGUGACUGAAAUCAUGACUGAGCAAGGUAGUGGCAAAAAGAGAGGCUUUGCUUUCAUAACCUUUGAUGACCAUGACUCUGUAGACAAGACUGUUGGUCAGAAAUACCACACGGUGAAUGGCCACAACUGUGAAGUAAGGAAAGCCCUAUCUAAGCAAGAGAUGACUAGUGCCUCAUCCAGCCAAAGAGGUCAAAGUGGUUCUGGAAACUUUGGCGGUGGUCACAGAGGUGGUUUUGGUGGGAAUGACAGCUUUGGUCGUGGAGGAGACUUCAGUGGCCGAGGUGGCUUUGGUGGCAGCCGUGGUGGUGGGGGAUAUGGUGGCAGUGGGGAUGGCUAUAAUGGAUUCGGUAACUAUGGAAGCAAUUUUGGAGGUGGUGGAAGCUACAAUGAUUCUGGCAAUUACAACAACCAAUCUUCAAAUUUUGGACCCAUGAAAGGAGGAAACUUUGGAGGCAGAAGUGCUGGCCCCUGUGGUGGUGGAGACCAAUACUUUGCCAAACCACAAAACCAAGGUGGCUGUGGUGGUUCCAGCAGCAGCAGGAGCUAUGGCAGGGGCACAAGGUUUUAACUACUGCCAGGAAACAAAGCUUAGCAGGAGAGGAGAGCCAGAGAAGUGACAGGGUAGCUCCAGGUUACAACAGAUUUGUGAACUCAGCCAAGCACAGUGGUGGCAGGGCCUAGCUGCUACAAAGAAGACAUGUUUUAGACAAUACUCAUGUGUGUGGGGAAAAAAAAACUCGAGGACUGUAUUUGUGACUAAUUGUAUAACAGGUUAUUUUAGUUUCUGUUCUGUGGAAAGUGUAAAGCAUUCCAACAAAGGGUUUUAAUGUAGGUUUUUUUUUUUGCACCCACGCUGUUGAUGGUUAAAUGUAAUGUAGUCUGAUCAUGACGCUGAAUAAAUGUGUUUUAUUUAAAAAAAAGUGCUGUGUAAAGUUAGUCUACUCUGAAGCCAUUUUGGUAAACUGCCCCAACAGUGUGAACUUAGAAUUCCUUCAAGGUGAUGCCAGGUUCCAUUCAAAAUUUAUUUACAACCUGGUUUGGUGGAGAAGCUAUUGUCUUCAGAAACCUUGGUGUAGUUGAACAGACAGUUACUGUGUUGUGACCUAGAGUUCAUCGUUAAAAGGGUCACCCAAGCAAAGUCAUGGAGUUUUUUGGAUAUUAAUAUGAUUGUUAAUUGGGCGAUUGGGAUUGACGUGUAUACACUGAUGUGUAUAAAAUUGAUGACU